AUGUCACUUAACGCCAAAGCUAAAGUGGAAACAUGGCAGGCAUUUAAAAACCACUGGAUUUUAUGGAAAUUUUUCGGUUUACAGCCACCAAAACGUGACUCUAAAUGGUUUAUACCAUAUAUUGCGUAUGCGAUAGUCCUCAAUGUGACCGUUACAUUGUUGUUUCCCACAACGCUCAUUGUCAAUUUGAUACUUUCGAAAAACUUAACGGAAUUAUGUGAAAAUCUUUAUAUGACAACAACGGAUGUGAUUUGCAAUAUAAAAUUUUUAAAUAUAUUCGUGGUGAGACAUAAACUGCUAAAGGUGCGUAAAAUUUUACAGCGUUUAGAUGUCAGAGCUAAAACACACAAAGAAGUGGCCAUAUUAGAGGAGGGCAUUAAAUUGGCUAGAAAAUGUUUUAUGACUUUUGCACGUUUAUUUUGCUGUGCCAUAAUCAGCAGUCAAAUGAUGGUUUAUCUUUCAAGCGAAAGAAUACUAAUGUAUCCGGCUUGGUAUCCUUGGGAUUGGAGGGCAUCAAAGAAAAACUAUCUCUACGCUUUCUCAUAUCAACUGUAUGGAUUAAUUUUACAAGCAAUACAAAAUCUUGGCAACGACACGUAUCCACCGGCCUACUUAAUCAUACUUACCGCUCAAAUUAAAGCAUUAGCCUCACGCAUCAAGGACUUGGGUACUAAUGAGAACACAUCCGAAGAAGAGUUGUAUAAAGAAUUAACGGAUUGCAUUAAUGAUCAUAAUACCAUAAAUGAACUCUUUCUCACUAUUCAGGAAGUUAUUUCCACAACUUGCAUUGCACAAUUUGCAGCCACCGGUUUGGCUCAAUGUACCAUUGGGGUCUAUAUGAUUUACGUCGGCCUACAUCCUUCUAAAACUCUCAACAUUGUUAUUUAUUUCAGUGCCGUUACAAUGGAAAUAUUUAUUUUAUGUUAUUAUGGUGACUUGUAUUGUCAGGCUAAUGUCCAUUUAACCGAGUCCAUAUACACUUGUAACUGGAUGGAUCGUGAUAAGAAAUUUAAACAGGCAUUUUUGGUACUAUUGCAAAGUUCGCAGAAAACAAACUGUAUAAUGGCGGGAAAUUUAAUUCCGGUGCGAAUGCCAACAUUUGUAAAGGUUAUGAAAACUGCAUAUUCGGUGUUUACAGUUCUCAAUAAAGUCGAGUAAACUUAAAAUGAAUUAAAGCAAAUUU